UUUUUUUUUUGAUCUUUUUCCCAAUGAAAAUCAUAUUUUUAUUAUCACUGAUUAUUUCAUCUACUUUUGCGUACAAGACCAUUAUUGAUGUAUUAUCAGAAGAUGCGAAAUUCUCUAUGCUCAUUGGUCAUUUACAACGUACACGACUGAUUCCCUUUAUAAAUAGUUUAGAAGCAGGCACCUUUUUUGCACCUGACAAUUUAGCUUUUUCAAAAUACAAAGGCGAUGUGACUAAAGAUAGUUUAUUAUAUCAUCUAUUAUCACAACCGUAUACGACCUCCUCUUUUAAAGAUGGACAAGUUUUAGAAUCAGUCUUUGUUCGACAAGGUUAUCUAGAGACAGGUCAAAUGCUCAAAGUGACUCAAUCAUUCCAAACUUUCUAUUAUGUGAAUGAAGCAAGAAUUAAAGAAAAAGAUGUUUUUGUAAAUAAAAAUACAACCUUACAUGUCAUUGAUGGUGUAUUGGAAUCACCCAAAAUUUUAUCCCAUGUUAUACAGCAACAUGAUUACAAGUUGUUUGACUUGAUGAAGAAAUGUAAGAUCGAUUUACUAUUGGAACAUCAACAACCUUUUACAGCAUUUGUAUCUGCAAAGUAUUUGUUAGAUAAAUUUAAAAAGAUUGAACAAAAAUAUCUGAUUUCCAAGCAUGGCAUCCAUGAUUUAGAACAGAUCAUUAAAUAUGUUAUCAUUCCAAAACCAAUUUAUCUAUAUAAUCAUACAGUGGGCGAUAUUACAUAUACAGCUGAAUCAGGUGACGAUAUUAAAGUUCAUGUCAAUACAAAUGGACAAAUUACUGUUAAUGGUCAUAGAGUAAUUGAAAAGGAUAUUUUAGCAGCCAAUGGUGUAGUGCAUGUCUUGGAUGACUUACCUUUUAGACCUAACUCUAUUGUAUUUGAUUCAAGAAAGUACCUUAUUGGGCUUAAUGCUACAAAGUUUGUUUCUCUUAUAGAUAAAUUUGGAUUAAGCCACUUUUUAAAUAAUCAAACUAGUAAUAUUACAAUUUUGGCUCCUACGAAUGAAGUAAUUGAUGAAGACGAUAUUCCAAACAAUCAAAAGAAACAAUGGUUAAGUUAUCAUCUUCUUCAGGGUAGUUGGGAACCCUCAAAAUUGACAGAUGGCACUUUAUUGAAAACCGAAUUUAAUUCAUCUUUACUUAAUAAUGAAUCACAAAGAUUAGUAGUUAGACUUGAUAAAAACGGCCAAAGUCCCUUUAUUCGUUUUGGAGAUCAUUCAAAUGUAAUUGGGCAUCAUAUACCAAUUGUAGAUAAUAUGAUCUAUCGUAUAUCAGAUCCCCUUUCACUUCCAACCGAUAUCUUUUCGAGUCUCGUUCUUGAUCUUGAGCUUUCAACAUUUAUAUCCGUUUUAUAUGUUUCUGGAACAGUAGAGGAAAUCAAGCAAACAAAGGCAAUGACUUUAUUUGCCCCUACAAAUGAAGCCUUCAAGUCACUUGGACUUGUCUCUCGUUAUCUUAUUCAUCCAACAGGACAUGAUGAUCUUCGACAUAUUCUUCGAUAUCAUCUUGCUACUCGUCCUCUUUAUUAUCAAGAUAUGAUAGGGCAGCUUACAUUUAACGUUACGACUCUUGCUAAUCAAUCUUUAACUAUUCACAAUCAAGGAAAUGACAUUUGGAUUGGUACAAAGGGACGUGUUCAGAAAUCAGAUUUAAUUGUAUCAAACGGUGUUGUACACAAGUUAGAUCAUGUACAGAUUCCAAAUAAUAUUCAUAUAGCAUAUCGCAAUUUAUUACGUGGUAUUCGAGCAAAUACGAUGCUUAAUAUCCUAAAGAAUACAAACCUUUUAAACGUUUCAGAUUGUAUCAUCUUGGCACCUACUGACAAGGCCUUUGAAGAGUUGGAUAUGGAAUCUAUUUGGAAUGAUACAAAAAGACUCGAGCGACUUGCUAAACUGCACGUACUACCGUUAACAGCAUCAGAUCGGGAUAGUCAUGAAUACAAGACAUUGACACAUGAUAAGAUUGUAAUUCGAGAAUUAGGGUUUGGAAUUAAGAUAGUGGGUCCUAAAGGGGAGGCAUAUAGUCGUUAUGCACGUGUACUGGAUAUAGGCAAUACAACAGCGGGUGCAGUGUUUGAAAUUGACAGUGUUUUAUUCCCUGUCGAAAGAGGCCUAUUCGGAUUACCAUGGUUAUGGUCAGCCAUGAUUAUUUCAGUCAUUUGGAUUGUAAUCUUGGCUGUUUUAUUCCUAGGUGGAUUUAUUGUCUUUAAAAAAUGGAAACGAACAAGAGAUGGAUAUGAAACGAUAUUAGAAGCUGAGGCAGAUGAUAUUGCUGAAGAAGAAGAAGAAGAACAGCAGCAACAACAACAACAAUAACAUCAUCAUUAAACUAACCAUGAGGACUGUCAUAGGAUACUGAUUAUGUAUGAAAGAAAUAAAACGAAGCAUUUUAUAUACAUAUACAUAUAUACAUUUUUGAGAACUUCCAAUUCAUCUUCAAUCGUUAUUGUAAGCCAUUAAGAUAAUUACUGAUGGCAUCUUUAACA